AUGCAGGAGAAGAACCAGACGUUGGUCAGUGAAAUUAUUCUCUUGGGAUUUCAGAAUCUCCAGAACAUCAGGAUUUAUUCAUUCUCUUUGUUCCUUCUGAUAUAUAUAAUAACAGUUUGUGAGAAUGUCCUCAUCAUAGUGUUGGUGUCCUCCAGUCGGAACCUCCAGUCCCCCAUGUACUUCUUUCUCCAGCAGUUGGCUUUGUCUGAUCUACUGCAGAUCACAAAUAUUUUACCGAUCUUGCUACAAACUAUAAUUUAUGGUAGAUCCACUUUGUCUCUUGUUGGUUGCAUCACUCAGUUAUAUUUCUUUGGUGCUUCAGAAGCUUGUGAGUUUCUUCUUCUAUCAGUGAUGUCCUUUGACAGAUAUGUGGCCAUCUGCAUACCAUUGCGUUACACUUCUAUAUUGAAUCACCGGGUUUGUUUUAUAUUAAUUUUAAUGUCAUGGGUUCUUGGCUUUGGCAUUGCAGUGGUUACAGCAAAUCUAAUAGGAGCAUUAGAAUUUUGUGACCAAAAUACCAUUAAUCAUUUCUUCUGUGAUUUCUACCCUCUUUUAGAACUUUCCUGCUCAGAUACUUUUUCUCUGCAAUUUGAAGCAUUUUUUUUAUUUGUCCCUAUGGUUUUUCUACCAUUCAUACUUGUCAUUGUAUCUUAUGUGUGUAUUGCCCGUGCAAUCCUAAAGAUAUCUUCCGAUACCGGGAGACAAAAAGCCUUCUCCACCUGCAGCUCCCACAUGACUGUGGUCUCCAUAUUUUAUGGGAAUAUAAUUGCUAUUUACUUGUUUCCCCCUAAAAAACAAUCUUCAACCAUAAACAAAGUUCUCUCUCUGUUGUACACAAUAGUCAUUCCUAUGGUUAACCCGGUAAUUUACAGCUUGAGAAAUAAAGAGAUCAAAGAAGCCCUCAAGGUGAAAGUAAAUCAAUUUUGCAAAUCAGUUAAUAUAUAA